CGCUCGCAAGCCACGAUGGGGAAGCCAUUCCUGACGACGGAGGACUUGAAGAUGUCGUUUUCACUCUUUUGCUGCGUCUACGGCAUCGGGACGCUCAGCAUGCCGGGGAACUACGCCAAAGUCGGUUAUGGCUGGGCCACUGCUGCACUAGUCUUCAUGGCUGCCGUCAACAUCUACGGCACCGUGUGUAUCUCCAAGGUGCUCUUGGACGCCCCCAAGAGUGUCCGAACGUACAGCGAUUUAGGCCAGUUUUGCCUUGGGGCUCCGGGUCGAUGGCUGGUCUUGAUCACGCACAUGCUGACGUGCAUCCUGGUCCCGAUUGCGUUCUUGGUCCUUGGUGGCAUUAUCUGUUCCAUCUUGUUUCCCGACUCCUAUGAAGUUGAAACGUGGAUUGUGGUCAUGGGGUUGUCGCUACUUCCCGUGUGCUUGAUCCCGACGUUGAAAGAAGGUGCAUUCGCGGCGGCUGCGGGGGCACUGGGCACGGUCUUGGCCGACGUCAUUGCGCUCUACCUCUUGGUCGACAAUAUGAGUCCGAUUCCGGCGGGCGUGAGCACGCCGUCACCGAUCGUCACGUUUGACCAAACAGCGUCGGUGUUCGGAAGCUUGGCUUUGGCGUAUGGCGCGGGCAUUGUUGUGCCAUCAUUGCAGCGCGAACACUCGGAGCCGGAGCGCAUGCCCCGUAUCAUCUACUUCACGCUGGGACUGAUUUCCGUCCUGUUUAUGGCGGUCGCGAUCUCGGGGGUGUCUGUCGUCGGAUGCCAAAUCCCCGGCAACUUGCUCUUUUCGAUUGCUGGGGCUCCCACAAAACUCGGGUUCACGGCCAACCGAGGCGGCGUCAUUUUGGCAAACCUGUUUAUGCAGUUGCACGUCACGAUUGCGUUUGGUGUGAUUAUCACGCCCGCGUUCUACAUCUUGGAACGGCUCGUGUUUGGGCUGCACAAGCACAUGGAUGCGCUCCAGCCCAUCGAAGGCGGAUUCGAAGCGGCGGCGACCCCCGGUGACGACAAGCCCGCGGAGUCCUUGAACAAAGCGGACAUUGUCGCACCUGACGACCACGAUUUGGACUCGCAAACGUAUCGCCAACCGGGCGUGUAUCCUAGGGUAGCGGUCCUUCGAAUUUUCGUGGUCGCUGGCACCGUCGCCAUCGCGUGCGUGUGGAAGGACCGUCUGUUGGACUUGGUUGACUUCACGGGGGCGUCGUGCAUUGCCCUCUGCUGCAUGAUCCUCCCGAUCGUGUUUUACCUCAAGCACUUUGGCAACAAAGUGAACAAGCUCGAAAAGGCGUGGGCGGUCUUUGCCAUCGUGGUGUCGCUCGUCUUGGGGGGGUACGAGACGUACCAGAAAGGCAAACCCCUUUUCCACCCCCCCGCGGCGGCGACGGGUCCUGCGCCAUGGGACGCCAUUAAGUUUGAUUUCUGCCCGCGUGAUAGCAGCUACGCUCGAAUUGUGUACACCAACGUGACGUACCACAAGAACUUCAAGCCCCCGACGUUGUAGAAAGUUAAUAGGACACCCGUUCAAGGGCACUCUGCAAUUCAAACAAACCACUGGAAUUCUUGCA